AUGGCUAUUAAUGGGAGUGGAAAACCGAAGAUGAAGGUCUCCUUCAUUAUACGGGAUGAAAACGAGCAUCGUCAUCGUGCUGCCGUGUCUGCUUUACAGUACGAUUCAAGUACAGGCCGUUUAUUCUCCGCAGGGAAUGAUACGAUAAUCCGUUUAUGGAAGGUCCCUUCGGCUGGAACUAGG